UGAAGAAACAGUACUAUUCCACUAAGGACAUAUCACUAUUGCUCUCAAUCCACGAGUCUCUUGAAUCUAUCAAGCGCCUACGUUCUCAAAAGGACCUCGACGAAGAGUUAACGGCACUUGAAAGUACCUCCAAAGUUUAUAACUUAACGGCACUUCUUAAAAAACGAAUGCAGUCAGCGAGGGAAAUCCCAUACUUACUUCACGACAAAGUAAUCUACAAUGAACCUGCCACUAUCUGUGAACUUUCAGUGAUUGGUUUGCAAACUUUAGUUUAGAAACACAUAUGCCUGGUGAAACCGCUCCCCUUACUAUCUCUUCCCUUGAAAGCAUUGUGUUCACUAAUCAGUUAAUAGUACAAGCAAUUAAAAGCCUUAAACCUUCCACUAGUACGGGACCGGAUGGCCUCGCUUCGAUAAUUUUCAAAAACAGUGGGUGUGAUAUACCCUGUUACUUCUUAAAUUCUUCUCAAUAUCUAUGGACACUGGCACUUACCCUAGUGAGUGGAAAACUAGCUUCAUAAUUCCACAUUACAAAUCUGGUGAUAGGGCAAACGUCCGCAAUUACAGACCCAUAAAUAUAACCCCAGUUAUCUCACGAAUCAUGGAGAAAGUUGUAAAGGAUCAAUUGUCAGACUACCUAAUUAGGGAAGAUCUUGUUACAAGGUCUCAACACGGAUUUCUCAAAAAUAGAUCCUGCGUUACUUGCCACUUCGACUUUUUCAACUGCAUCACUAGUAAUCGCGAAGCACGUAAGCUAGUCGUUGUUCUCUACUUCGAUAUAUCUAGGGCAUUUGACAUGGUAUCUCACAGUAUUCUCUUUGAGAAGCUGUACUCUUGUGGAAUUCGCAACCCAUUACUGAACUGGUUAAAAUCAUUUCUAAGCAACAGGGUACAAAUAACCAAAGUUGGAUCUGUAUUGUCUCACCCUAGGCAGAUCUCAAGUGGGGUCGUGCAAGGUAGUGUCCUAGGUCCACUUUUAUUCACAGUUUACAUUAACAGCAUUUGCAAGUGCUUCACCUCAGGUAAACCAUUCCUAUAUGCUGACGACCUCAAAGUCGUCUACUCCUGCUACACUCAUGAAUUAAGCGAUAUGGUAGAUAAAAUACAUCUUGAACUAAGUAGCCUUGCAACGUGGUGUGCUGAAUCCUGCCUAAAUUUUAACAUUGACAAAUGCGGCUGGAUUUGUAUCGGCAACAGUAAGCUUGAUCUAAACCUUGAAAUAAAUGGGCGAAAACUAGCUAAGCUCAAUUCAGUCGUAGAUCUCGGUAUUAGAUACUCUAGUAACCUAACGUUCGCUGAACAGACUGAUUAUGCCAGACGUAAAACGCGUAGGCUGAUAGGAUGCAUAACACGCAAUUUCUUUUGUUGUGAAACUAGGGUUUUAUUAUACAAAGUAUGUGUCCGACCUAUCUUAGAAUACUGCCCGUUUAUUCUUAGCGGACUAAGACAAAAUGACAAGCUUAAAUUAGAGGGAGUGCAACGGCAGUUUACCUCAAGAACUCUUGGUUUAGAAAGUAGUCUGGAAUACCAUGAGAGAUGCGUAAGACUAAGAUUAGAACCCCUCUGGAAAAGACGCCUUAAGCUAAACCUAAUCUUUUACUAUAAGCUAACUAAUCUUCUCUUGCAUUCCUCCGAGCCAAUAACUAAACCUACCGCUGUCGUCAGUUACAAUCUUAGAAAUCAUCACAACCUAGCUGCUAUAGAGCACUGUCAGACUUACGUGCGGUACAACUUCUUCUUAAAUAAGUUUUCAGUCAUUUGGAAUAGACUACCAGCUAAUGUGCGCGAUGCAAACACACUUCCAGUGUUCAUCUCCUCAGUCACCAGACUGCUCAAAGAUGACAAUGCACUUUUGCGCCUGACUCUUACACCUUCUUUUUCACCCUACAUAGAUAUUUUAAGUUCUUUAAACGUGUAGUUACAACAAACUACAAUUAUAAAUUUUAAUAUUAUUGGAACUAGAUGAUUAACAUUUCUACACAGGACAGUAAUAUUAGUUUACACAUAAUAUAAAAGUUAGCAUAACGGGACUAGUUAGUUUGUGUACCAAAAUAACCACAGUUACUAAACAGAAUAUAUAUGUAUAUAUUUAUUAAUCACUCCUUAAGGACUCCCGUUGCUUUCUUUUGCGUUGCUGUUGUUUGUCUUCUUUUUUCUCUCACCAUUUCAGCUUCCAUUUGACUUUUUGAAUGAGAAUGAAUAAUGUGGAU